GUUGUUGGUGAUGACAUGAAAACAUUUGUUGUUACUGCUGAAGCUGCGGACUCGAACACGGAGGCCGAACACGGAGCGGCAGCGGGCGGAUCCGCGACUUUUUUCCCUGCUUGAGGUGUUUCGAGGCGGCGGGACGCAGCAUGUCGGUGAACAUGGAGGAGCUCCGGCACCAGGUGAUGAUCAACCAGUUUGUUUUGACGGCCGGAUGCGCCGCGGACCAGGCGAAGCAGCUCCUGCAGGCGGCCCACUGGCAGUUCGAGACGGCCUUGAGCUCCUUCUUCCAGGAGGUCAACAUCCCGGGUCACCAUCAGAUGAUGUGCACUCCCAGAAACACUCCGGCCACGCCGCCGAACUUCCCGGACGCCAUCACCAUGUUCUCCAAGCUGCGAGCGUCGGAGUGCGGGUCUGCGGCGCCGGGCGGCCCGUCCCAAGUGUCCAUGGCGUGCUCCCCCCCUCCGGCGCCCCCCUCCUCCUCGGGCUUCGGCUCCUUCUGGGCGUCGUCUCCGCCCGGCCACCAGCCGGCCUGGCUGCCGCCGCCGCCCGCCUCGCCCACGGCCCACCACGUGCACCACCACCACUUCCACCUGCCGGCGGCGCCCGUGUGGCCGCCGGCGGCGCCGGGCGCUGGAGCCCAGCAGCCGUCCGCCGUGUCGGCGCUGCAGGGCCGGAGAUGAGAGCGGGCCAGGGGGCGGGGCCUGUGGAAGGGGGCGGGGCCUGUGGACUGGAGCCAGCCGGACUCUGUGAGCAGUGGAACUCUUCAACCGAGCACUUGGAGGCGAGACCAGCUCCGUCUCUUCUUCUUCUUCUUCGCUCGGUUCCGACGGAUCUGAGCGACAGUCAGCAAUAAACAGCCGAGGACUCAACACCGGCUGAGCGUGUGUGAGAGUGUGUGUCUGUGUGUGUGUGCGUCUGGGACUUUUCUUCACAGCCAUAUAAACACUGACGGCCUUCAGCGCUCUGUUUCCAGCUCAGAAGGUUUCUUCUUCUUCUUCUUCUUCUUCUUCUUCUUCUUCUUCUUUUUUUCCCUGAAUGCUGUUUUGACGCGUUCGGGACGUUCAGAAGUUUCACGUUGAGUCUCCGUACGGAACUUUAAAUCCACACGGCAGGAACUAAUCUGCUCCUGAAGUUCAUCUAAAACCACGUGGAUGGAAACAAACUGAUGUAGAAUUCAAUUGAACUGGAACUAACAUGGAGAAGAGCUCGGAGCAGUGUGGAAAUAAUCACAAACUAAUCUGAAAAACCAAAUCGGAGCUGAAAUGAGUCCAGAUCUCGUCUUUUUUUCUUUCUUUUUUUUUUUUUAAUUCUUCAUCAUCAGUUUUGGUAAAAAGUUUAACUGAUGUAAAAUCACCCUUGAAUGUUGAGCUGUUGUGAAACCAGUCCAGAGUUUGGUCUGAAAUCCAGAAUGUGUGUGUAAUUAAUCUAGAACUGUAAAAUCGACUCAAGAACAAAUCUAGAACUGUCUCAUUUCAGGAAAAACGAGUUCAGAACUGAUCUGAGACGACUGUAAUCUACAUUAACUCCAUAUUUCUCAGCCUUCAAUCUGCAUUUAUUGAGUGUGGAACGUUGAACCGGGUCUGAAUCAGUGGAAAUGGGUCUCAGGACUUGGUGUGAAAAGCAGUUUCGGAGCAGAGUGAAGAGCUGAGAGCGUCUCCUCGGUCCUGAUGCUGCUGUGACGAAGAGGAGGAGGAGGAGGAGGUCUUCCUCUAGAUGCUGUUCGGUUUGUGUGAACGUCGAGCUGUGCUGACCUUUGACCCCAGCUGUAUGCCGGGGUGGGAAACAUCCUGUGUGCUGCGACAGGAAGUGACUGUUCGAACUGAAAGCAGCUCUUAGACUUUUUUUUUCCUGGCGACGUGUUUCUGUGAUUUCUGGAGCUGAAGUUUGCAGCGGAGGGAGAAGCGUCUCCUCACGGGAAAUCAUUUGUUGCAUUUUGUUUUGUUUUUUAUCUGUAAACUGGAGAUUUCAGGGGAAAUUUAGACUUUUCAAAGCGUUGGCAGCAUUUUCGCACUCUUGUCUUUAAUAAAUGAACAGUU